AGCACAUUACUACUUACGGACAAGUUAGCAUUAUGUGUAUAAAUAAUAAUUUCCGAACUGAAAAGUGGUAGCAUGAUGUGUGCGUGAAGCAGCAUGCAUGGUAAAUCUGGUGAACUCAAGAGGCCAUUUCAACGACACAUAGUGGGUACGUGUUGGGAAGACAUAAGAGUUGGGUGUUACGUGGCUUGAGAACAUUUAACGGUUUAUUUGAGACAUGAAAGUUGGAGUCUUAUACAUGGCUGAAGUGGUGGUAAUAAUAAGGACUUGAUAUAUAUAGAGAAGAGGUAGUGGUGGAGGAAGAUAGGAAGAGGAAAAUGGAUAGAGAAAAAGCACAAGCAGAGGCCUCAAAGAGACCCCCAGGUCAUGGUGCAACUGAAGUACUUCAUCAGAGGAAAUCACUUCCUUACAGCUACACAAAAAUGGCUAUAGCUGGUUUGCUUAUUACGGCUGCAGUUGGCUACACUGUCUUGUAUGCCAAGAAGAAGCCCGAGGCUAAUGCUAGGGAUGUGGCAAAGGUUUCUGCUGGAGUUGCACAACCUCAGGACACUCACCCUAACAAAUAGUUAACAUGUUCUAGUAUACCACUUCUGUCAAACUCUCAAUAUCACACACUACUCUUUGCAUUUUCAUUUCAUAUCUUCUUUCUUUGUAUGGGGGAAUGUAGAAUGGACCACACUCUUUCUUCUACUUCAUACAUAUGUUAGUAAUAAAUUCUUAAUUACUUACUGUAAGAGAGAAUUUUGUUCGUGCUUCCAUCUUAAAUUCAAAUAUUUAGUACA